UAAAAUAAUUGGAAAUGAGGUACCUUUGAAAAAAUAUUUGACACACAAAAGAACAUCGUUUUGUGGUGUGUCGUGUGAACUUGGAAAGGCAUGUUCCUGUAUACAUCUUUAAUUAUUUUAUUCCUAAGUACUGCAAUGUCCAAGCCGCGGUACGUUGAAUUGGAUGAAGACGAACAGGAAUUAUUCCGAAACGUUUACGACACACCUCCAUAUCAAGAUGACUGUGAUGAUGACGAUGGCCUACAACUUGGAAAAGUGGAACUCGUUAAAGACGGCAUGUGGGCGCUCAAAGCGAAGAUGAAAGAAUUGAAGGCAUUCAAUAAGGCCCUAGCUGCAAAUUUGCUCAGCACAAAGCUUAAACUCAAGGAACUAGUUAUGAAUAAAAUAGUCGCGAAAAAAUACGGUGUUCUUGAAAAGAAGAAACAGCAUGGAUAUGAGAUUUAUGAACCUCAAUAUGCGCAAUUCGCCGCUGUUCCUUACGGACACGACCCUUAUCUCGGAUUAUAAAAGUAAAGGUAUAAUUUGAUGAGAUUGCCGAUACGCUGGACGUCAUUUGUAAUUUUUAUUGUUAUAAUAUUGUUAAUGAUCUUUAUUAUUUAAAGCUGUAAUUGAUUUUAAACA